AUUAGAAGAAGAUUCAGUUUCAAGAGUGAGAGUGAGAGAGAGAGAGAGAGAGAGAGAGAGAGAGAGAAUCGGAGGAGAAAAGGAAGCAAUGGACGAGCAAGAGUUUCGUAGCAUCCUCCAACUCUUCCCCGUCGUACGCUCUCGCGACCACCGUGUUGAUUUGGAUUCUUCAGUUUCAAAGCAAUCAACGUCAGUUGUUGAGCAAGAGCAGGUCAGUGUUAGCGAGCCCAAAGACUUGAAAGAUUGCAGGACUGAUCAAGAUACAUUCACAUUCUGGGAUAAACUCAGAGCGGCUGCUGCCAAGAAGGUUGGUGAGGUUGAAGCAGAGAGGUUUUGCAAGGCUUUCGAGAAACUCCACAAGAAACUUGUGUAUGAAGAGUUGGAUCCUGAAACUGCAAAGCGAUACUUAUUAAACUCUUAAACUUCAUGUCUCUUCAUUACAAUAUGCAACCAAAGGUUUGAGAUUUUGUGGGAAUACUUCGACUCUCUUUUUAUUUUUUGGAUUAUCGUAAUUAUGUAUGAGUAGUCAACAAUACAUUCUCUUCCCGUGUUCAUGUAAUGAUGAUUCUCAUCUUAUAUGGUAGAAAAAGUUAUGUUUGGGACAUGAUUAAUCAGAAUCUCUUGUUAAUUCAGUAUAUC